AAGCUUGUCCAACAAAUUUCCCAUUUUCAAAAUACAAUAUUAUUUGGCCCUUUCACUCAAAACCCCGAUCGAUAGUCAUAGCUUCUCUGAAUUCCCAAUUUUCGUUCGCAUCUCCUCUCGCUUUCUCGUUUUUCCUUCUCCGACGACCACCACCGCAAUGGGAACCGCCAGCGCCGGCGGCGAUGUCGAGGCGGGCUUCGCGAAACUCCAGGGCGAGGAUUUUGAGUACUACAUGCAGACCUACUCCAUCGUCCUCGGGCGCAACUCCAAGAAAUCAACGGUCGACGUCGACCUCUCCAGCCUCGGCGGAGGGAUGAACAUCUCCCGGCACCACGCCCGAAUCUUCUACGACUUCACCCGCCGCCGUUUCGCCCUUGAGGUCCUCGGCAAGAAUGGCUGCCUCGUCGAGGGCGUCCUCCACCUCCCUGGUAAUCCCCCGGUCAAACUCGACUCCCAAGACCUUCUCCAGAUCGGCGACAAGGAGUUCUACUUCCUGCUCCCUGUUCGCAGCAUUCUCGGUGGCCCAAUCGGCCCUCGCCACUACCCCAACCAUCCUGCCUCCAUAGCUGGGGUGCCGGGAGGGCCCGUGGUGCCGCAUUAUAACUACCACAUGGCCUCGGCCGCUGCAGCUGGGCCUGGCGUGAUAGUGAAGAAAGGCAGGAGGGAUUAUUAUGAGGACGAGUAUGAUGAUGAGGAUGAUGUUGGUGCCGGUGCUAGUGCUGGUGGGGGCAGUAGCGGGAAGAAGGCGAGAAGAGAUGGGUAUGAAAGUUACGGGUACGCUGGUGUGGGUGCUGGAAGCAAGUCUGCAUCAUUGGAGUUGGUGGAGCAAUAUAACGGUGUUUGGCACCACAGUAGAGUAAGGAGAUAUCUUACUUCGGAGGAUUGGCCUGGUCCUGAAUCCAAAGGGAAACCUUGGUAUGGUUUACUUAUGUUGUUAAGGAAGUAUCCUGAGCAUUUUGUCAUUAACACCAGGUCCAAAGGCCGAGUCACCUUGGAGUUUGUUUCUCUUGUCUCUCUGCUCUCUUGAAUUUUCUUCCCUGCUUGUUCUUCGGCAGUAUUAUAUGAUCUCCUGUAGUUUAUCAAUUAGAGAAUUGCUGUCUCUUCUGUUGUGAAAUAUCUGGUAAAGCAUCAAACUGUAUAAAACUAAACUGCUAUUGCUUUUUCAGUUACUGGGUCCAAAAUGGUACUCUCUUUUUGCAUUUGCUCUGUGUGGAGUAAUAUGUUUCAAAUGUUGAUAUCCUCGUUCAUAAAUUAGCUGAACGGCUGCUGUUAUCUCUUGCCA